AGUCUCUUAAUAACAAUUCAUACGCGAUGGUAAAUAUCGUAGGUGGCGACUCCGUCGAUAUUAAACAUUUUCCAUAUCAGGUGGCCAUUAUAAAAUUAGAAAAACUUUGGUGUAGUGGUAGUAUAAUAUCCCAGGCAUUCACUCUGACAGCAGCUCAUUGUGUAAUCUAUGCAUCUUCGCCUCUGACAAUUCAUGCCGGUACUACAUUCUGGGCCAAACCUGGAAGUGUCCAUCAGGUAGAUCGUAAUAUCACUUAUGGUUUCGAAAAAUACACGGACGUAGCUAUAUUACACGUUAUUGAACCAUUUAUUUUCGAUGAAACACGCCGAGCGAUUCCAUUAUUUAAAAUCGAGGAUACAAUAAAAGUUGGCACAAUGGCGAUAGUCAGCGGUUGGGGUAUUACGGAAACCGGUGAAUUAUCCGAUAACUUACGAGCUGUUGAAGUACCCAUCGUCGAUCGGCAAGCAUGUAAUAUCUCCUAUAGUGGGAUAAUAAGUGACAGUGAAUUAUGCGCAGGUUCCACUGGUAAGGAUUCGUGUACGUACGACUCUGGUGGUCCAUUGGUCAUCGAUGGACGUCAAGCUGGCAUCGUUUCCAUGGGCAGUGGAUGCGGUGGACCCAUUUAUCGAGGGAUUUAUGCAGACAUUGCUUUUUUUAGUGAAUGGAUAACGAGACAGUUAUCCAAUAAUGCUGCACACUGUGUAUUGGAGACGCUGGACAUCUCUUUAAUUAUUCAUGCGGGUACUUCCUUUUGGGCCAAACCUGGAAGUAUUCAUCAUGUUGAAUCCAGUACCACUUAUGGCGCUUCAGAAAACGUUGACGUAGCCGUUUUACGUGUUACUGAGCCUUUUGUUUUUGAUAAGAAACGCCAACCAAUCAGGCUUUCUCCAUCUGGUGGUGUGAUAAAACCUUUUACAAUCGCGACCGUUGUCGGUUGGGGUUCAACUGAAAAGUUCGAAGUUUCGGAUGUCUUAUUGGCUGUUGAUGUACCAAUUAUUGAUAGAAGAUUAUGUAAUAUUUCCUAUCACGGUAACAUAGCUAUAAGUGAAAUAUGUGCGGGUAGUACUCACAAGGAUUCUUGCCGAGGUGAUUCUGGAGGUCCUUUGCUUGUGAAAGGAAUUCAAAUUGGUAUAAUAUCCACGGGUAUAGGUUGUGGAUUAACAGCAUUUCCUGGCAUUUAUGCCGAUGUAUCCUAUUUUCAUGAUUGGAUAAUGCAACAAAUUUAUCCAUAAAAUGUAAAUAUUCUUAAUCUAAAUGUGACUUCUAUUUCAUCACAUUAC